ACGGCUGCGAACGGCCAUGGCGAAGGGAGCUGGCAUUAGCGCGCAUGAGCUGAUGGACACGUCGAGCUCUUCGUUCUAUGCUCAUCACUGGGUGAAGCCGCAUAAGUCCAUCUAUGGGCUGACUCAUGGGUACUUCGAGAGACAGAACAACUUCCAGGCAGAUCAGCACUCGACCAUUCCCCAUGACAACGACACUUGGUGGGCGGAAGGUGUCAAGGGAUCGCAAGCAUCCAUCCCGCACUCGGCAUGGGUUGCGGGGGAGAGUGUUUGAGAGGAGGUAGGGUGUGAGCAACGGUAUCACCUGAAUGCUGGCUGAGUGAGCAGGAGAGCAGCAGGGGAGGAGAAUGUCUACGAGAGUUGUGUAAGAUUGUGCGUUGAUAGAUCUUGAAUAUUAAUUUCAUGCCAAAACAAGCCGUACAAUAGUGAUUAGAGAAGGAGUGGAAGGUAGGGAAGGGAGUUGGUACUGCAUGACCGAAGUAAAUAAUGAAUCGA